AUGAUGUCUUUAUCCUCUUUUGUUCAAAAGGCCUCAUCGCUGAUUGACCCGGCCAACUUCAACAUUCCUUCACUCUCCUCCAACGACAACAAUCCCUCCAAGGCUUCGCUAUUCCGCCAGCAGUUCCGUCUCCCCGAUUCGCAGAACCCUUUGCAAGAAAUUACUGCCGAACUGAUCCUUCCUCUGCCAAACUCUUCCUCUGACUCCGCAGAUGGUUCCCGCCGGGUAGAUCGAGCUGGCAAUCGCUACACUGGCCGCUUGCAUCUCAGCGAGCGAUUCAUCUGCUUCUCAACACAACCGACCAGCUUCAUACCCUCUUCGACACUGAGUGCUUCAACCAGUUGGACUGGACAAACGCAUGGCACAGGACCUUCUGGCAAUGGCUUCACUUUGCCGCUUUCCUCUAUUCGCCGUGUCGAACGACUCCACAGUGCUCGAGACGUGUUCUCCUUGGCAUUGACAACAUGGAAUGGAUUGCUGAACAAACAGCAAGAGCCCAAUUUCGCACCUCAGCGACUCAUCCUUCAGCUUGUCGGCAGCAGGCAGGCCUGCGAAAGAUUCUGCGACUGCUUGAAGAAGGGUCUGCGAGAGGGCAUGAAGGAGGUCGAUAACCUGAGAAACGUUGUUACAGACUGCUACUCCGAGUACUUGCUUUCCGGUACGAAGGCGAAAGAUGCUACUGACGGCGAAGGGCGGCAACCUCCGGAUGCUGGACUGGGCAUGCUCUUCCGCUAUCCCGGCGAUGCGCGGAAGCUUCGAGAUCGCAGCAAGAUGAGACUUUGGGGUGAAUACUUCCGAGAAAAUGGCCGUAACAGUACUCUUGUUAGGCAACCGACUUUCCACAAGCUUAUCCGAGUUGGUUUGCCAAAUAGGUUACGCGGAGAGAUUUGGGAACUCACGUCGGGCUCGAUGUUUCUUCGUAUUCGGUCACCCAAGCUCUACGUAGAGACACUGGCCAAGUUUGACGGCCAGGAAUCUCUCGCUAUCGACGAAAUUGAGAAGGAUUUGAACCGCAGUUUACCCGAGUAUCCCGGCUUCCAGAGCGAAGAGGGUAUUGGCCGACUGCGACGAGUCCUGACUGCCUAUAGUUGGACCAAUGCUGAAGUUGGCUAUUGUCAAGCCAUGAACAUCGUCGUUGCCGCAUUACUGAUAUAUAUGUCCGAGGCCCAGGCCUUUUUCCUUCUCUCCGUUCUCUGUGACCGUCUCCUGCCCGGCUACUAUUCCACAACAAUGUACGGAACGCUACUUGACCAAAAAGUCUUCGAGUCCCUGGUGGAGAAGACCAUGCCCGUUCUUUGGGAACAUCUCGCCAAAUUCGAUGUACAGCUUUCCGUCGUUUCUCUUCCCUGGUUCCUUUCUCUGUAUAUCAACUCGAUGCCUCUCGUCUUUGCUUUUCGUGUGUUGGAUGUUUUCUUCCUAGAGGGUCCCAAGGUCUUGUUCCAGGUCGGACUUGCUAUUCUUCGCAUCAACGGCGAGGAGCUUCUCGACAUUCAAGAUGACGGAUCGUUUAUCUCCGUGCUCAAGUCAUAUUUCUCUCGCCUUGACGAGUCAGCUCACCCCAGAUCGGAGAACCCUAAGCUGCGUGCUAUCACCCGCUUCCAGGAGCUGAUGGUGGUAGCUUUCAAGGAAUUCUCUGGUAUCACGCAUAGCACCAUUACUGAGCAACGUGAGAAGCACAAGGACGCCGUGCUAGACAACAUUGAAAGCUUUGCAAAGCGAACUUCGAUCCGCAAUCUCGGCCCUGAAAGCAAGCGCCUGAGUGUGGAUGAUCUUGGCACAAUUUACGACCGCUUCUACGAGACUUUGUACCAAUGGGAACAACAUCAAAAACUCGCCGAGGAAGAGAGAAAACGCCAGGAAAAGAAAAAGUCAGAACGUCAAUCCGUUCUCGGACCACCUGUAGAUAGGCAGGUCGGUCGAGUGGGUCUUGGACCCAGCCCUACUCACAUGGACUAUGAUGCUUUCCGAGAGUUCCUGGCUGCGACAUCCAAGUGGGCUGUUUCCGAUACUCCCGCUCCUGCCAGAAAGGAUUCGUCACCUUCGGGCUAUAGCAGUCUCAGAGGCAAUGGCAAGUCGUUGCUGUGGGCUAACCGACGUCAACCCGCUGAUCAUGAGUUCAUGCAGCGGUUGUACCGCAAGUGGGCUACUGAUCCUGAGGAGGGCCUGAGUCUACAGAACGUGGUAAAUGGCCUGGCACGUCUCAAGGGAUCACCGGAUAUCAUGAACAACAUCAAUUACUUCUUUACUCUCUACGAUGACAGUGGCAAUGGUGAAGUUGACCGAGAGGGUAUCCUCAAGAUGUCGGAGGCACUGCUUUUCCUCUCUCGCCGUGGGUUCGAGGGAACUAUCACAGCUACACAGUCCCUGGAGGACCUAAGUAGCCCACGAGGUAGUGAGGCUGAUCAGAACAGGCUGGCCACCGAUGAGAAAUUCCUGGGCAGUGUCAGCGCGUUCAUUCGUCGCUGCUUCGAAUACGCCGACCCCAGCCAUCCCGACAACCAAAAGGCUGUCUUCUCAGAUACCACCACGGAAGUAACCGAGAAACUUGACUCCUUUGCAAUCGGUGAUGAUGAAGAGGACCUUAUCGAUGUCAAUGACAAUGAUCAACAGAAAACAUCGCCGGCAGCCGUGUCUUCCCCUAAACCGACAGAGUCGAGUGAGCAGAACCGGCCUAGAUCCGAGUCUGCCAACCCAGCUCUGGACCCUAAUAACCCACUCCACAUCACCCUUCCUACUUUGCGAAUGGUCGUCUUGGCCGACGAGCUCCUUGAACAAUUCUUCGAGUCUUACUUCCCGCAAUCAUUCCAUCUCUCCGAUCAUCCCCACCCCGCCUCGCUCGCCGCAUCUUCCUCUCUCUCCUCCAACCUGACCACUUUCUCCAAUCUCGGCCACGCCCGUCCGUCUGCUUCCGCCGUUGCAGGCGCGCCCGUUGCUGGUGCCUCCGGAGGCAUCGUUCCACCGGGCAAGGGCCUCCGUGGCGUCCUCGACAACAUCGUCACAGACGGCAUCCGCAUGGCCGCCGAAGUCAAGAAGCGCAUGGACGAGGCCCAGCGCGAACUAGAGCGCAACGCUCUGGGUGGCCGCGACGAAGAAGAUGACGAAGACGAGGAUGAUGACUAUCCCUCUCGUCAAGGCGCGUCUACCGCCACGAUGGCUGGCGGUAUCUCUAGCUGGGGUGCCGGCGCGUACGGUGCAGAUCCUGAACGCCGCAGUGUGCGCGAGGCAGAUCGUGACCUUCUCGAAGGGGCCGAGGCGGAGGUACUUAGUCUCCGUCCUACCAAGGAGGAGGCAUCGAGCCAGAGCAGGCACAGAGCGAAAUCACCUGCGUCAGUGCAUGACCCAGAGAUCGUGAGCAAGGUUGUUGAGUUUGAAUCAUGA